AUGUCGACUUCUGGCAGUGUCCCCGUCGAAUCCAAGACUGCGAAGAAGCGCAAAGCCAAAACCGAAGCUGUCGGUGCUAAUGGUGGUGCGGUGACUCCCACGGUCGAAACUGCUGUUCCAACCACCGAAACCCAUCCUACUACGAACGGUGUCGACGCACACGGCGAGAGCCCAUUCAUCAAAGAACUGACAAAGAAUAUCCGCAACUUGCAUAAGAAGAUUGCUGCCUCCGCCAAAGCUGACGCCGUCAUCAGCGAAAACCCCAACGUCUCCCUCGAUGACCUUGUUGCACAAAAGAAGCUCAAUGCCGACCAGAAAGCCCAGAUCUUGAAAAAGCCCGCCCUCCAAAACCAGGUCGCCCAACUCGAAGAACAGCUCUCCCACUUCCGCGCUUUUGCCCAGGAACUUGAAGAGAAAGCCGCCAAAGAGAAGUCGAAGCUGAUCGAAGCACACGAGGCCGAGAUUGCCACUGUCAAGGAGAAGGCGCUGCAAGAGAUUGAGGAUAUCAAGUCAAAGGCGGUCGAAGAUGGACUACGAGUCAUCACACACUUUUUGCACACUGCCGCGUCCAAGCGCCAGUCUGAGGAGGCGGAUACGGAAGAGGGUCGUGCCUUUGAAGGCGCCCUCCUCCUGGUCUAUCAAGGGAACGAGUCGUCACUUUCAACACUGCAGAGUCUCAUCUAUGGUACCGACGACAAAGUCCCAGACGUCCACGGCGAGCUUCUCGACUUCACUUUCGCACAGAUCAAAGAGUCUUCCUUGCAGAGUGCCCCGGAUGCAUUGCCGGGCACGGAGCCAGAAGUUGAAGACGAGGCUGAGGAGAAAGAGGCUGCUACUGUUGCAGCGGAACUGGGGGUCGACAACACGGUGGCAAAUGCUGGUCUAACUGAACUUGACGAUGCCGCUGCCAUCCAGACUGACGAGACUGUGAAUGAAAUUGCUGAGCCUGAGGUUGCUCCCUCUGUCCCAGAACAAUCCACGACUGGAGACGAAGCUGCCAACGCCGUCGGCGAGGCAUGGGACCCACAGGCAUCCAUGGUGACCGAUACUAGUGCCACCAACGAAGAAUGGGUACAAGUGCCCCGUGUUCCUGCGGAGACUGACACGGGCCUUGCCGCUACUCCUGCCGCAGUUCAAUCCAACAGUUGGGCUGAAGAAGUCGGUGCUGCUGCCAUCACUGCUGAGGAGAAGCCCGCUCAGGAGAACGAUGGAUUCGAGCAGGUGCGUCGUGAACAGGACGCGGUCGCGGAGGGCGAGGAGAUGGCCAUCGCGGCGGCGGAGGUCGGGGAGGACCGAAAGGAGGCCGCGGUGGAGGAGCUCCUCGAGGCGAGAACAAGAGCUAGAUAUCUUGUUGAUUCUACUCCUCGCUUCAAGUUGUGA